GAGUAUACGAUUGUGAUAACUUUAUUGACUUACUUUAGUCGAGGAUUUUAGGUAAUGAAUCAUUAGGUCACAUUAAGAUGGAGUUUAUAUCGUUGAUGAAUUUUAUGUUAAACAUUCGAUAUACAGUUGGGGCUAUAAAAUCAUAAAAUGGGUGCAAACAUAUCACAAUUAGAAAGAGAUAUCGGCUCUGAUCAAUUUCCACCAAACGAACAUUAUUUUGGUUUAGUCAAUUUUGGUAAUACUUGUUACAGUAAUUCAGUAUUGCAAGCUCUAUAUUUCUGCAGGCCAUUUAGAGAAAAAGUAUUAGAAUACAAAGCUAGAAACAAGAGAACUAAGGAAACUUUAUUGACAUGUUUAGCUGAUCUAUUUCAUAAUAUUGCUACACAAAAGAAAAAAGUUGGUUCCAUUGCCCCUAAAAAAUUCAUUGCUAGGUUAAGAAAAGAAAAAGAGGAGUUUGAUAAUUAUAUGCAACAAGAUGCACACGAAUUUUUAAAUUUUCUUAUUAAUCAUAUAAAUGAAAUUAUUCUGGCAGAAAGAAGUCAAACCAAGCAAACAGGUGGGAAAGGUGCAGGUGAUGCUGGGUCUCCACCAGAACCAACAUGGGUCCAUGAAAUAUUUCAAGGAAUAUUGACUUCGGAAACGCGCUGCCUUAAUUGUGAGACUGUUUCUAGCAAAGAUGAGGAUUUUUUUGAUCUGCAAGUUGACGUAGACCAAAACACCUCGAUAACAUACUGCCUGCGUUGCUUCUCUAAUACUGAAACUCUUUGUAGCGAUAAUAAAUUUAAAUGUGAUCAUUGUAGUAGCUAUCAGGAAGCUCAGAAACGAAUGAGAGUUAAGAAACUUCCAAUGAUCUUAGCAUUACAUUUGAAAAGAUUUAAAUACGUGGAACAAUAUAAUCGACACAUCAAAGUAUCUCACAGGGUAGUUUUUCCAUUGGAAUUGCGGCUUUUUAAUACUAGCGAUGAUGCUGUCAACCCUGAUCGCUUGUAUGAUUUAGUUGCAGUUGUGAUACAUUGCGGAAGUGGUCCUAACAGAGGUCACUAUAUUUCUAUAGUAAAGAGUCAUGGAUUUUGGUUGCUUUUUGACGAUGACAUGGUUGAUGUAAGAUACAUAUUUAUAAAAAAAAUUAUAUAUAUAUUUUUUAAAUACCUUAGAAAAUAUACCCUCGUAAAAAAUAAAAUAUAUCCAUUUACUACUUUAACUAUAAAUAUAUUUAAGUUGAUUUAAUCAUAUUUUUCAGAAAAUUGAUGCAUCAACAAUAGAGGAUUUCUAUGGGCUCACUUCAGAUAUACAGAAGAGUUCAGAAACUGGAUAUAUUUUGUUUUAUCAAUCAAGAGAUUGUAGUUAAAAAUCACUCAACAUAACAAAAGAAUUUAAGUUAUGUUAAGGAUAGUCAUUAUCAUUUCAAAUUAAUGUAAUUCUCUAAAUUAAUAUCUACAUAUUUUUACUGUACAGUUGACCGAUUUUAUUUCUAAAAAUUAAUAUGUAUAUGAAUCUUUUUCCUUUUUUAUUAAAAAGAUGUCAAUGCUGAA